AUGGAUUUAACACAAUUAAAAGAAGAAUUAACGAAUGGUACACGGUCAGCAGAACAUUACCUUCAAAAAUUUGGUGCUGAUGUUAUUUCUACUUUGAAGAAUACGGUAACUGUUCUAGCACCUGAAGAACAAGAACAGAAGACGUCUACUAGUACUGAUAGUAUUAAGACAACACCACGCAUAUAUGCUACACGCAAAGAUGGCUUAAUUGCAAAGAUGCAAAUGAAUGAAAACACAUAUUUGAAAGAUCCUGAGUUUUCAAAGACAAACUAUGAACAAGAAAAGAAAGUGUUUGAUACCUUUAACUCAAGCUUUAGUAUUGAAGAAUAUACAGAAGAAAUUGCACAAUUACUCAAUGACUAUCCAGACUUAAGAGAAAUGAUGGAUAAAUUAGUCCCUAUUCAAGUUAGCUAUGCGUUAUUUUGGCAAAGAUAUUUCUAUCAUGCUUGGAAAAUUGAACAAGAUGAACAAAAGAGACAAUUAAUUGUUAAACAACAAGAGACAGAUGAAGAAGCUGAUUUUAAAUGGGAUUCUGAUGAUGAAGACCCUGCAUCUAUAAACGAUGAUAAUAAAUCAAGCGAUACCAAAGUAGAUGAGAACAAAACAAGGGAUUAUUUAGCAAACAAUCUUGCAGAAGACACAGAUGAUUUUAGCCAUAUAUCUUCUACUAGCACUUCUUCACCUUUAAAGGCAACUUCCCAAGCUGAAGAUGAUUGGAUUAAAGCUGAAAAGAAGAAAUCUGAUGAAGAAGAUAGUGACAGUGACUGGGAAUAUCCAAAACCAAAUUUUCCUAAUGAUAAUUAUCCUUUAUUUGUAACUUGGCAUAAAAGAACUAAUGAUGGUCAGUAUCAAUUAAGAGGCUGUAUUGGUAAUUUUAAUCCAAUGUCAUUACAUGAAGGUUUAAAAAAAUAUGCCUUGAUAAGCGCGUUAAGAGAUCAGCGUUUUAAACCAAUUACACUUUCAGAGAUCCCCUCGUUAACAUGCGCAGUCUCACUGCUAACUAAUUUUGAAAUAGCAGAUAAUUAUUUAGAUUGGGAAAUUGGCAAGCAUGGCAUUUGGAUAGAAUUUACUCAGCCCGAUGGACAAAAAGAAACGGCGACUUAUUUACCUGAAGUGAUGUCAGAACAAGGUUGGACAAAACAAGAAGCAAUUAAAUCGCUAUUAAGGAAAGGAGGAUAUUACAGUCGUAUAACAGAAGAUUAUUGUAAAAAUUUUAUUAUCCUUACCAGAUAUCAAUCUGUAAAAUGUGAAAUUGGUUUUGAUGGAGAAGUAAUUCAACAUGAGUAA